UAGUUAAGUUGUAACUACUAUAACCAGUAAAAUAUACUCAUUCAAGUAAAAUAAUUUAUGUUACACUUUGUAGUUUGUACCUAUCUUAUUUAACUUCCUAGUUACUAUUUACUGUCUACAACUAGUAAUUUUUAAACUAUAAAUCAAGACUCUUAAUUAUGUUUAUCGUUUGGACCUCAUAAACUUUUUCCAUAUUAUUUUAAGUCUUUAUUUUCAUGAUGUGCAAAAUAUAAAAGUAUUAGUUAUGUGUGUUAUGAUACAGAAAUAUUUGAUUUUCAAAAAUCUAUAACAACUAUUUGUAUUAAAUAUUUAUCAUGGAUGAAGAACUUACUAAUGAAUGUAAUACUGCCAAAGUUGUUACUGAAAACAAAGAAAAAAUUGAGAUAUUAUUGAAAGCAACCGGUAAUGCACCAAUUCUCAAGACAAAAAAAUGGAUGGUUGAAAAAGAAAAGACAGUGGCAUCUAUUAAUGAUUUUUUACGUAAAUUAUUAAAACUAGAACCAUCUGAUAGUUUGUUCUUGUAUGUGAAUCAAGCAUUUGCUCCAUCACCUGAUCAGACAAUGAAAAAUUUAUAUGAUUGUUACAACACAGACGGUCGUCUUGUAUUACAUUAUUGUAAAACUCAAGCUUGGGGGUGAGAUCAUAAAUUUCACAAAAUUACAUUUUGUUUCUUAGGAAUUAAAAAUCGUUUAAUUUGUGACAUUGUAUUAUAAGUUAUUAUAAUUUAUAAAAUUGUUAAUAAAUAUACAAAUUGUUUAUAAAAACAA